AUGGCUUCGAAUGGAUAUUCAAAUGGCACUGAUGCAGUACCGCCGCCCCCGAGCGAUAACGAUGGAAGACCACCAUCCCCUCCACCUCCACCUCCAGAUUCAUUCGUUCCUCCACCACCUCCAAGCUCAUUAGCUCCUCCUCCUCCUCCUUCCAGUGAUCUUCCACCACCUCCUCCCUCCGAGUUACAGCCUCCUCCCCCAGAACCCAAAAAGAAGAAGGGCUGGGGAGCUCCAAAACCAGGUCCACUGAGCAUCGAAGAUAUUUUGAAGAAGAAGAAAGAGGCAGAUGAGGCUGCAGCUAAGCCUAAAUUUCUGUCAAAAGCUGCUCGAGAGAAACUGGCUCUUGAGAAAAGAGCAAAAGAGGUCGAAGAACAGAAGCGUAAACGUGAGGCGGAACAGGAUAACCGGAUAUCUGUAGGAGGUGUCAAUGGAAAUGGAAACAGAUAUGGAUCUGCUACGAAUGGCCGAGAUGGUUAUGAACGAUCAUAUCAGCAGGAAAAUGGGCGUCGAGAUUCCUCUUUUGUGCCCACUGGACCUCGAGCCAUGCGGAAUAGUCAACAAAGUCGAACUUCCAGUGAUAAGCCGAACGAUAUGGAGCCACCGCCAAAAUCAGCUAAACCGGCUGCUGCAGCUACGGGUAAAGCUUCGGUAGCUGGCGAGAAACGACCUGCGAACGCGGAAGAUCUUCAAGCUGCUCUGAUAAGAACGCGAUAUAUGGGUGCCGAAACAAAUCAAUCAACGUUCUCCGCGAAGAAGAAACGUAGAAGGACGACAGAGAAGAAGUUCAACUUUGAGUGGAAUGCCGAGGAGGAUACUAGCCCAGAUUAUAACCCUAUUUACCAAAACCGCGCGGAAGCAGGUCUAUAUGGUCGAGGUAGACUGGCUGGGUUUGCUGAAGACGAAGGAGCAACUCUGAAAUAUGCGAAGGCUUUAGAAGAACGAGAUGCGGAGGCUGGAGGCGCGCGUGCAAGAGAAAUUGUGGAAAUGGAGAGGCGGAGGAAAGAAGAUGCCGGCAGGAACUCACUUGACAAACACUGGAGUGAGAAGAAAUUGGAACACAUGCGAGAACGAGAUUGGCGUAUUUUCAAGGAAGAUUUCAAUAUCAGUACAAAAGGAGGAGCGAUUCCAAACCCCAUGCGGAAUUGGUCAGAAUCCAAGCUACCAAAACGUCUUCUGGACGUUAUCCAUCAAGUUGGUUACGACGAGCCCUCAGCGGUACAAAGAGCCGCUAUCCCUAUAGCAUUACAAGCAAGAGAUUUGAUCGGUGUUGCUGUUACUGGUUCGGGUAAAACCGCGGCCUUCUUGCUGCCAUUACUGGUCUACAUUUCCGAACUGCCUCCACUGAACGAAUUUACGAAGAACGAUGGACCGUACGCUAUUAUUCUCGCGCCUACCCGUGAAUUGGCACAACAAAUUGAAGUCGAAGCCAAGAAGUUUGCAACACCCCUUGGAUUCACUUGUGUUAGUAUCGUUGGUGGUCAUUCUUUGGAAGAGCAAUCUUACAAUCUUCGUAACGGUGCUGAGAUCAUCAUUGCGACACCCGGUCGUCUAGUUGAUUGUAUUGAACGAAGAGUUCUCGUCCUUGGGCAAUGUUGUUAUAUCAUCAUGGACGAAGCAGAUCGUAUGAUUGAUCUAGGAUUCGAAGAAUCUGUGAACAAAAUCUUGGAUGCCCUUCCAGUCAGUAACGAAAAGCCAGAUACAGACGAUGCAGAAGAUGCCCAAGCGAUGAGUAGGCAUCUGGGAGGCAAGGACCGUUAUCGUCAAACUAUGAUGUACACAGCCACUAUGCCUCCAGCAGUCGAAAAAAUCGCCAAAAAGUAUCUUCGUCGUCCUGCAAUUGUCACUAUUGGUAAUAUUGGUGAGGCCGUUGAGACCGUCGAACAGCGCGUUGAAUUUGUUUCCGGCGAGGAUAAACGCAAGAAGCGUCUCAAUGAAAUUCUUGCCUCGGGUGAAUUCGUACCUCCUAUCAUCGUCUUCGUUAACAUUAAGCGUAACUGCGAUGCUGUGGCUCGUGAUAUCAAACAUAUGGGCUUCACCUCUGUUACACUACACGGUUCCAAAACUCAAGAGCAGCGUGAAGCAGCUCUGGCAUCUGUGCGUUCUGGCGCUACUAAUGUGCUCGUUGCAACUGAUUUGGCGGGUCGUGGUAUUGAUGUGCCGGAUGUAUCAUUGGUAGUGAACUUUAACAUGGCGACGAAUAUUGAGAGUUAUACCCAUCGUAUUGGUAGAACGGGAAGAGCAGGGAAGAGUGGUGUGGCGAUUACAUUCUUGGGCAACGAGGAUAGCGAUACGAUGUAUGAUUUGAAGCAGAUGUUGACAAAGAGCAGCAUUAGUAAGGUUCCGGAGGAGUUGAGGAAGCAUGAGGCGGCACAGCAGAAGAGUCAAAGGGGACAGGGUAUGAAGAAGAUUGAGGAGGGUGGGUUUGGUGGGAAAGGAGGCGGUGGGGGUUGGUAG